AUGUCCUCGGAAUUACCACUUCCAAUUUUGGAGGACUAUGGAAUCUCUCCUAUCAAUGGCUUUCUGCCCACUAAAUUCCCGGCUUCACAGCUUACGAACAUUUAUUAUAUGAAAUGGGAGAAUAUUCUAACAAAUUUACCGUCUUUAAUACUUACUGGAAGAUUAAGAAAAAUUGUAGAUGAGUUACCAAUUUUGGAAGUUAAAGAUGAACUUUUAAAUGAUGUGUCUCAAUUGAGGAGGGCUUAUUCAGUUCUUACGUUUAUUGCUAAUGCAUACAUAUGGGGCCGCGACACAGCUUGCGACACCUUACCAGAUAGUGUAGCAAAACCAUUAUUGGUUGUAAGUGAGGCUUUAGGACUUCCCCCAUUAGCCACGUAUGCUUCCCUAAUACUUUGGAAUUUUAGGCCUAUUGUGAUGGACUUGAGUGAUUCAGACCUAUGGGAUUUAGAUAAUCUCUCUACUAUUAAUACAUUCACAGGCGCUAUGGAUGAAAGUUGGUUUUAUUUAGUAUCAGUAUACUUUGAAAAAGUUGGAGCAAAAUGCAUUGUUGCUGGAAUGGAUGCUCUUAGAGCAGUGAGAUCCAAUGACCGGAAAGCGGUUACUAGUGCAUUGCAAGAUCUCGCUGAACAUAUCGAUACUUUGGGUACUGUUUUAAUGAAAAUGGAAAACAUGUGCGAUCCAUAUGUUUUCUACUAUAGAAUCAGACCAUACCUUGCUGGGUGGAAGCAGAUGGAAGAUGCUGGUUUACCAAACGGUGUCAAAUAUGGUUCUGAAGGGGAUUACCGGUGCUAUGCCGGGGGCUCUAAUGCCCAGAGUUCUCUAAUACAAACUUUGGACAUUUUCUUGGGUGUUGAACACUUUCCUGAAGGUGUGCAAUCUAAGGUGGAAGAUAGAACUAUAUCUGCAUUGAGUAAUAAGAAUUCUUAUCUCAAUGACAUGAGAAGCUACAUGCCAAAAGAACACCGAGCCUUUUUGGAGCACUUGGCAAAGGUUUGUAAUAUAAGAGACUAUGUUCUAACUAAUAAGGCUUCUGACCCCAAGUUGUUACUUACUUAUGAUGCUUGUGUUGGAAUGUUGAAGUCAUUUCGUGACAAACAUAUACAGAUUGUCACACGUUAUGUCAUUUUACAAGCUAGGAAAGGUCGAGCUUCCAGAUCAAAAACAUUUCGGGCGGGUUUGUCGAAGAAUUUUGGGAGUACGCAACAGACGGGAACUGGUGGUACAUCCUUGAUACCCUUCUUAAAGCAAUGUAGAGACGAAACCGGCAAUGUCGCUGCAAGCGAAUGGGGAAAUAGAAUUUUGAAUAUGGGCACGUUAAAUGUUCGUGAAUCAGGAUUUGAGGUAGCGCCCAAACGUAACCGAUCGAAUGAGCGUAACUCUCCUGGCAAGCGUCAAAAAGUUGUUGAACAGGUAGAAGAUACAGAACAAUCUUCUGUAGGCCACUGGUAG